ACCUGACCGACUCCUUUUCCCCCCAGGCAACAAGACUGCCAUUAUGAGCCGUCAUCCAGUCCAGGAGGAGCUCAGUCUCGAGGUUGUCUGUGGGAUGCUACGGCAGGAGCUGUGCGAGGGGAAUGAUUUCCUCCAGUCGGAUACCCACAUCUUCAUCAUCUUGGGGGCUUCGGGAGACCUAGCCAAGAAGAAGAUCUAUCCCACCACCUGGUGGCUGUUCCGAGAUGGGCUGCUUCCAGACGACACGUAUGUGGUGGGUUAUGCCCGGUCCAAGCUCACCGUGGCCGACAUCCGCAAGCAAAGCCAGCCAUACCUCAAGGCCACCCCCGACGAACAAGAGAAGUUGGAGGAGUUCUUUUCCCGCAACUCCUAUAUCCAAGGAAAGUACGAUGACCGGGCCUCCUUUGAACGGCUCAACGCUCACCUGAACUCUCUGCACAACGGCGAGAAAGCCAACCGGCUCUUCUACCUGGCUUUGCCACCUAGCGUCUACGAGGACGUCACCCAGAACAUCCGGGAUAGCUGCAUGAGUACAGUCGGCUGGAAUCGCAUCAUCGUGGAGAAACCCUUCGGCAAGGACCUGGAGAGUUCCAACAGGCUGUCGGAUCACAUCUCGGCGCUGUUCAGGGAAGACCAGAUCUACCGCAUCGACCACUACCUGGGCAAAGAGAUGGUGCAGAACCUGAUGGUGCUCAGGUUUGGGAACCGGAUCUUCGGCCCCGUCUGGAACAGAGACAACGUCGCCUGCGUCAUUCUGACUUUCAAAGAGCCAUUUGGCACCGAGGGUCGUGGCGGCUACUUCGAUGAGUUUGGCAUUAUCCGGGAUGUAAUGCAGAACCACCUCCUGCAGAUGCUGUGCUUGGUGGCCAUGGAGAAACCAGCCUCCACCAGCUCCGACGACGUGCGAGAUGAAAAGGUCAAGGUGCUCAAGUGUAUCUCGGAGGUGCAGCCGGAGAACGUGGUGCUCGGCCAGUACGUGGGGGACCCGGUGGGCCAGGGGGAAGCUCAGAAGGGCUACCUGGAUGACCGGACAGUCCCGCCCGGCUCCACCACCCCCACCUUCGCUGCUGCGGUGGUCUACGUGGACAAUGAAAGAUGGGAUGGCGUGCCCUUCGUCCUGCGCUGCGGCAAAGCUCUGAACGAGCGCAAGGCCGAGGUGCGGCUGCAGUUCCGGGACGUGCCAGGCGACAUCUUCCAGCGGCAGUGCAAGCGCAACGAGCUGGUGAUCCGCGUGCAGCCCAACGAGGCCGUCUACACCAAGAUGAUGACCAAGAAGCCCGGCAUGUUCUUCAACCCGGAAGAGUCGGAGCUCGACCUCACUUACGGCAACCGCUACAAGGAUGUGAAGCUCCCGGACGCCUACGAGCGCCUCAUCCUCGACGUCUUCUGCGGCAGCCAGAUGCACUUUGUUCGCAGCGAUGAGCUCCGCGAGGCCUGGCGAAUCUUCACUCCGUUGCUCCACAAGAUCGAGGCCGAGAAGACCAAACCGAUUCCCUAUCGCUAUGGGAGCCGCGGCCCUCCCGAGGCGGACGAGCUGAUGAAGAGGGUCGGAUUCCAGUACGAAGGAACCUACCGCUGGGUGAACCCUCACAAGCUGUGAGCGCUGGGUCUCUCCUGCCGUGAGGACAAUCUGUCUGGCCCACUCCUCCCAGCAGACGCCAAGCUGGCCCGGCCAGCUGGCCGCGGGGCUAGCGCCAGCCUUUUCUUCUCUCCCCCCCUCCCCAGGAGACCAUGUAGGAAGCGUGGGGGUGUCUCCCGCAGUUGCUUGGCUGGGUGUAGCUACCGAUGCACUCCGCCCCGUCGUACCGGAAACUCCCGCAGACCAGGCUGCCGCUCCUCUCCGGCCCGUGCUGCGGGCCUCAACCCCCCUUCCAUCUUAGCUGAGCUCCAUACCCAGCCACUCCCCUUGGGCUGGCCCAGCGUCCUCUUCCAAACUCUGGCACUGCUCUGAAGGGAAUCCUUGCCCAGGCGAGGAAGAGAGGCUUCUGGGAAGGAAGGGCUCUGUCUCCUCCCCCCCUGUCUACAUGCUGCUCUGUCAAUUGCACUAGCGUCGCUUCUCGCUGCAUUACUUGUUACAUUCCCGCCCAGGCUGCUUGCUGGGCUUCCAUAAACCGAGAGAAUUA